AUGGAAGCUAGUCAUGUGACAAAUCACUUGGGUGUGUCUAUAUGCAUCGAAGAAUACCUGAGAGAGGACGAGAGACAACCUCUCCCCCUCACCCCCACACCACCAUCUCCCCGCCCCCUACUGACAAUCCUAUUCCCAGCGGCCCCUCAGCAGAUGAUGGAUGUGACAGGGAAGGCCCUUGUGGCGGCUGGGAGCCCCGACCUAGCUGAUGGCUUAUUCAUUACAGCAGGCUUCCACUGUCCUUUAAGGACCCUAAAUGCCACAGAGCAGAGCUGUGCUCAACACAAACACCUUUAUUGUGAUGGAUGUGGCAGCACAGGCCCUGCUGGAUCUACAGUCACAGAUGAAGACACCGUGAAGAGAUACUAUGCUAAGUUUGAGGAAAGGUUUUUCCAGACCUGCGAGAAGGAGCUGCUGAAAAUCAACACAUUCUAUUCAGAAAAGCUUGCUGAAGCCCAGAGACGUUUUGCCACACUGCAGAAUGAGCUGCAGUCUUCACUGGACGCUCAGCGUGAGAGCAUUGCUCCGCCCGGCCUGCGGAAACGCAAGACAAUGUUCCACCUGUCACAGGAGGAGCGCUGCAAACACCACAACAUCAAGGACCUGAAGCUAGCCUUCAGCGAGUUCUACCUCAGCCUCAUCCUGCUCCAGAACUACCAGAACCUGAACUUCACUGGUUUCCGUAAAAUUCUGAAGAAGCAUGACAAGAUCCUGGACACUUCUCGCGGGGCAGACUGGCGUGUGGCUCAUGUGGAGGUGGCACCUUUCUACACCUGCAAGAAGAUCACACAGCUUAUCUCAGAGACAGAGACCCUCGUCACCACAGAGCUGGAGGGAGGAGAUCGUCAGAGGGCCAUGAAGAGGUUGAGAGUUCCUCCACUGGGGGCAGCUCAGCCUGCUUUGGCCUGGACAACCUUUCGUGUCGGUCUCUACUGCGGCUUCUUUAUCAUUCUGGCCAUCUCCUUCAUUCUCAGUGGUGUUGUGUUCAUCCGCUUCGAGAAUGUGUGGCCACUGGUGCGGAUCUAUCGGGGCGGUUUCCUGUUGAUCCAGUUCCUCUUCCUGUUGGGCAUCAACACAUACGGAUGGAGACAGGCCGGAGUCAACCAUGUCCUCAUCUUCGAGAUCAACCCCCGAAACAACCUCUCACACCAACACCUGUUUGAGAUUGCUGGUUUCCUGGGUGUGUUGUGGUGUCUCAGCAUCCUCUCCUGUCUCUACUCAGAUUACACCUACAUCCCCAUGCAGAUCAACCCGCUCAUCCUCUAUGGCUUCAUGGUGCUCUUCCUCCUCAACCCCUUCAAGACCUGCUACUACAAAUCACGCUUCUGGCUCCUCAAGCUGCUGUUUCGCGUGUUCACCGCACCGUUUCACCGGGUGGAGUUUGCAGACUUCUGGCUGGCUGAUCAGCUCAACUCGCUGGUGUUUGUUCUGAUGGAUAUGGAGUAUCUGAUCUGCUUCUACAUCUUUGAGCUGCAGUGGAGCAACAGCAAGGGCCUGCUGCCCAAGUUUAAAGACCCUAAUGACUUCGUAUGCCAUAGCUACUCGUACGGUCUGCGUGCCAUCAUCCAGUGUCUGCCCGCCUGGUGUCGCUUCAUCCAAUGCCUGAGGCGUUACCGUGACACCAAGAGGGCCUUCCCUCACCUGGUGAACGCUGGGAAAUAUUCUACCACCUUCUUUGUCGUCACAUUCGCUGCGCUCUACGCCACACACAGAGGUAGGACACACAAACAUAUGUCAUGUACCUCAGAUAGUAGGUUUGAUCUGAGCUGA